AGAGGGAGCGGGAGGGAUGUGAGAGAGCAGCAGCCUCCCUGAGCACAGAGCUGAGUCCUGUUCAUCAUCAGCUGCCUCUACCUCUCCUCCUCUCUUUUCUCUCUCUUUUCCCCUCUUUAUUUUUUUCUGCCUCUCUUUCUUUCUCCUUACCACGUCUCUUGGGCUCAGGUCUCUGUCACCCCUUUCCCUGCGGAGGAUUCAGGUCACAUCUGUUCCCUGCCUGAGAACAAGACAUGGGGUACGGCAGGUCAGACAGUUACCGCGUGGCUACCACGCAGGACAAUCAGGAUGACCAAUCCCCGAAGAAGGGCAAGGGGAUCCAAAAAAAAGAACUGGAUGAACUGAAGAAAGAGGUGGCAAUGACAGAGCACAAAAUGUCAGUGGAGGAAGUAUGCCGGAAAUACAACACAGAUUGUGUGCAGGGGUUGACAAUCAGUAAAGCAGCAGAGAUUCUGGCACGGGAUGGACCCAAUGCACUUACUCCCCCACCCACCACCCCUGAAUGGAUAAAGUUUUGCCGUCAACUGUUUGGAGGGUUCUCCAUUCUUCUGUGGAUAGGAGCCAUUCUCUGCUUUCUGGCAUAUGGAAUCCAGGCGGGCACAGAGGACGAUCCAGCAGGAGACAAUUUAUACUUGGGUAUUGUCCUGGCCGCAGUAGUGAUCAUCACUGGUUGCUUCUCGUAUUAUCAAGAGGCCAAAAGCUCUAAAAUCAUGGAAUCGUUCAAGAACAUGGUGCCUCAGCAAGCUCUGAUUAUUCGGGAAGGUGAAAAAAUGCAGGUGAAUGCCGAAGAGGUUGUAGUUGGAGAUCUGGUAGAAAUUAAAGGUGGAGACAGGGUGCCGGCUGAUCUACGUAUUAUCUCAGCCCACGGCUGCAAGGUAGAUAACUCUUCUUUGACGGGUGAAUCUGAGCCCCAGACCAGGUCGCCUGAUUGCACUCAUGAUAACCCUCUUGAGACAAGGAACAUUACUUUCUUCUCAACCAACUGUGUAGAAGGUACAGCUCGUGGGGUGGUAGUUGCUACAGGAGACAGGACCGUCAUGGGACGUAUUGCCACCUUGGCUUCUGGUCUAGAAGUUGGAAAGACACCAAUUGCCAAAGAAAUUGAACACUUCAUUCACCUUAUCACCGGCGUUGCUGUUUUCCUGGGAAUCUCCUUCUUUAUCCUCUCCCUUAUCCUGGGCUACAGCUGGCUGGAGGCUGUCAUCUUCCUUAUUGGCAUCAUUGUGGCUAAUGUGCCAGAGGGACUGCUGGCAACUGUGACUGUAUGUUUGACUCUAACAGCCAAGCGAAUGGCCCGAAAGAAUUGCCUGGUGAAAAACCUGGAAGCUGUGGAGACUCUUGGGUCAACUUCUACCAUUUGCUCAGAUAAGACUGGGACCCUAACACAGAACCGUAUGACUGUGGCACACAUGUGGUUUGAUAACCAGAUUCAUGAGGCUGACACCACAGAGGAUCAGUCAGGUGCAUCAUUUGACAAAAGCUCUCUUACUUGGGUGGCCUUAGCUCGGGUUGCCUCUCUCUGCAAUCGUGCUGUCUUCAAAGCAGGAAAUGACAACAUUCCCGUACUGAAGAGAGAUGUGGCAGGUGAUGCAUCCGAGUCCGCUCUCCUUAAGUGCAUUGAAUUGUCCUGUGGGUCUGUGAAGCUUAUGAGAGAAAAGAACAAGAAGGUAGCAGAAAUUCCCUUUAACUCCACCAACAAGUACCAGUUGUCCAUCCAUGAAACCGAGGACCCCAACGAUAAUCGCUAUCUGCUGGUAAUGAAGGGAGCCCCAGAGAGAAUUCUCGAAAAUUGCUCCACCAUACUAAUACAAGGCCAAGAGCAGCCAUUAGAUGAGGAGCUAAAGGAAGCUUUCCAGAAUGCCUACCUGGAGCUGGGUGGCCUCGGAGAAAGAGUAUUGGGGUUCUGCCAUUACUACUUCCCAGAGGAGCUGCAUCCCAAGGGCUUUGCUUUUGAUACCGAAGACCUGAACUUUACCACAGAAAACAUGUGCUUUGUGGGACUUAUGUCUAUGAUUGACCCUCCCAGGGCAGCUGUGCCAGAUGCUGUUGGUAAAUGCCGAAGUGCCGGAAUCAAGGUUAUUAUGGUAACAGGAGACCACCCGAUUACAGCUAAAGCCAUCGCUAAAGGAGUCGGUAUCAUCUCAGAGGGUAAUGAGACUGUAGAGGACAUUGCAGCCAGACUAAACAUCCCCGUCAGCCAAGUCAACCCCAGAGACGCCAAGGCCUGUGUAAUUCAUGGGACCGAUCUGAAGGAUUAUAGCGCAGAGCAGAUUGAUGAGAUCCUGCAGAACCACACGGAGAUUGUCUUUGCCCGAACCUCUCCUCAGCAGAAACUCAUUAUCGUGGAAGGUUGCCAGCGACAGGGUGCAAUUGUGGCCGUGACAGGCGAUGGUGUAAAUGACUCCCCUGCUCUAAAGAAGGCUGACAUUGGGGUUGCCAUGGGCAUUGCUGGCUCGGAUGUUUCAAAACAGGCUGCUGACAUGAUUCUCCUGGACGAUAAUUUUGCUUCAAUUGUCACUGGUGUUGAGGAAGGUCGCCUUAUCUUUGAUAAUCUGAAGAAGUCCAUCGCCUACACACUGACAAGUAACAUUCCUGAGAUCACACCCUUCCUGCUUUUCAUCAUGGCCAACAUUCCACUGCCCUUGGGUACCAUCACUAUCCUGUGCAUUGAUCUGGGCACUGACAUGGUUCCUGCCAUCUCCCUCGCCUACGAGGCCGCUGAGAGUGACAUCAUGAAGAGACAGCCUAGGAACCCUCGUACAGACAAACUGGUCAACGAAAGACUGAUCAGCAUGGCGUACGGACAGAUUGGUAUGAUCCAAGCCCUGGGUGGAUUCUUUGCCUAUUUCGUAAUUCUGGCAGAGAAUGGCUUCCUCCCAUCUCAUUUGGUCGGAAUCCGGUUAAACUGGGAUGACAGGACGUGCAAUGACCUGGAAGAUAGCUACGGGCAGCAAUGGACAUAUGAACAGCGAAAAAUUGUGGAGUUCACGUGUCACACAUCCUUCUUCGUCAGUAUUGUGGUCGUACAGUGGGCAGAUGUCAUCAUUUGCAAAACUAGGAGGAAUUCAGUGUUCCAGCAGGGCAUGAAGAACAAGAUCCUCAUCUUUGGUCUGUUCGAAGAAACCGCUCUGGCUGCUUUCUUGUCGUACUGCCCUGGAAUGGACAUUGCACUUAGAAUGUACCCGCUAAAACCCAGCUGGUGGUUCUGUGCCUUCCCAUACAGCUUCCUCAUCUUUGUAUAUGAUGAGAUUCGAAAACUCAUCCUUAGGAGACACCCAGGAGGUUGGGUAGAAAAAGAAUCUUAUUAUUAAAUUCCCAGAGAAGAGUCUCCCAGACCUGGACCCUCUCCAACCUCUGAAUUUCCCCCUACCCGAAAGAAAAUAAAAUCAAAACAUAAAAAACAAAAAAAACAAAAAAAAAAACAACAACCCCCACCAACAGAUUCCCUUGGAAAAAAAAACAGCAAAUACCACUGGAUUUAAAGUAAUGCAAUGUCAGCUGUAAAACCCACUCCCAAACUUUCUGUUCCAGGUUUAUUUUGGUUCUUUUCAACUCAUUUCUCUCCUCUCCUUUUUCUGUAAAAUUAUAAAUAUAUAUAUAUAUAUAUUAUAUAUAAAUAUAAAUAGUACCAGGAUUUUUUUUUCUUUGUUUUCCAUUUUGUUUUGAUUUUAAUGUUAUGAUAUAAAAGGAGGGGGAGAGAGAGAGAGAUAAAAAGAGAUAACGGAUGGUGGCAGAAGUGGGAUUAAAAGGGGAAUAUGGAUUAGGAGGAAAGGUAUAUAACACUUGGGGGAUAAAUUAGGGAUGGACAAACUUUGCAAUGGCACUGUCUUGAUUCUAGUCCAGUCUUUUGGCAGACACAGUCUGCAGCAACUGUUGCGUCAAACGUCGACUGUCUCUGAGAAUAAAUAUAAAUGGUCAAACUCUGUCACAGACACAGUAGAAAUUUAGAAUAUAAAAUAUGGUAAAAAACUCUAUGCUAGCAGACUUUCAAGCAAAUGUACAAAUCAAGAGCAAACAGGAUAUUAUUUUGGCCUCAUCCCCAAAAAUGGGAAUCACACGUUUGCAUAUAUUUUACCAGAGUCCAAAUUAUGAGAUGAGCGAGUUUAAACCGUUAGUUCUCUCGAUCUCUGCUUUUGCAUGCUAUGCUGCUAGAGCAACAUAUAGUUUUCUCCAUUUAGUCUACAUGUAAAAUAUUUAAGCUGUUUAAGUGACAGAGUCCAUUUAAGGCUUGCAGUGCUAGAUAGGCCAACGUGGCGAUACUUUACUUUAACAGCCCCCUCUAGUGCAGAAAAUAUGUAAAAACAAAAAAGUGUAUAAAAUAUAAAAAAAAAAUAAAAAAAAAUAAAGAGAGAAAAGAGAUAAAAUAUGAGAGAAUAGGGGGAAAAAAAAGGAAAUAUGGUUAGAUCAAUGUAAGGCUGCAAGAGAACUCUCUUCCAAAUAACCUAUUUGCUGCCAAAGGAGUGCGAAAACGCUGCUCACUGUAUCCCCGCAGCGUAAGGGGUUAAUCCAGGGAUAUUCUAGGGCACCAGUAAUAUUAUGCUUUAUGAACAAUCUGACUGGUGUACAGUGUAGAUUUUAUUUAUUUUUAAUGGGCAUUAAGCCUUUGAGUGCCAGAAGGGGGUGAGUUACCCACUGCGAAGCAAUACAUUGCUAAAAUAAAAUAAUUCAUCCCGGCCAGGAACUCAAAAGUGUUGAUCGAUCUCUCCUGUUAACCCUUCAAUUUCCAGAGAGAGACCCACAGAGCAUCUCUCAUAUCGGAGUCUUGUUACUGUAAUAAUAUUCUCCCCCUCCCGAUCCCCCCAAGCCCCCCCCCCCCCGCACCCACCUUGCCACUUCCUAUUUCUCCAUAUCUGCUUUAUUCAGAGUCUAUGGGAGUGAGAGGUUAUGUGUCUUUGGUAUGUGUGCGUUUAUUAGCAGGGGGUGAGAGGUAGGUGUCCUUAUGUCUCUGUUUUAGAAGGGGGUGAUGCUUACAUGUCCCUCUUGUCUUUGUACUAGGCAGGGGUGAGAGGUACGUAUUCCUGCUGUCUGUGUACUAGAAAAAGCAUGAGAGGUGGGUGAUUCUCUGUGUAUUAAUAGAGCGUGCGAGGUGGUUGGUUUUAUAUUAGGAGGGGGGUGAAAUAAGGGUCUGUUUAGUAGGACGGGGGCGAGAGAGAUGUAAUGGCAGGGAAUGCUAUAUUAGAAGGGCAAGUGUUUGCAAUAGGUGAAAGAUCUAUAUGUUAUCAUGUUGGCAAGGGUUGAAAGGAUUCACUGCUGUUAAAGGUGGAGGGGUGAUUGCCAUCAGUGUCUGUUCUGUGUCUCCACCCCCCUCUUAACAUUAGUUUUUGUCAGGUUGUCAGAAUUUUUUUUUUGUUUGUUUGUUUUUUUAAACUUGUGUUUUCCUGCCAUUUUCUGUGAUUUACAAAAAUAAAUGAAUAAUAAAAAAUACCCCAAAAAA